UCGGAAGGCCUGGGUCACGUCUCCCUCCGGAUGGAUAUGCUGAUGGCUGUGUUCCAAGGCCCAGAAAAGGACUUCAUUGGAGGAUCAAUCUUUGUCAAUGUCACUGUGUUCUCCUCAGGGGGUGAGAUGGUGCAAGCCGAGACCUCAGGGGUGAAGAUUGUCCAGAGCCCAUACAACAUCAAGUUCACCAGGACACCCCAGUAUUUCAAGCCAGGAAUGCCCUUCCACUUUCGGGUCUUCGUCUCAAAUCCUGAUGGAUCCCCAGCUGACAGAGUCCUUGUCCAGUCCCAAAACCACAAAGUGUACACCUCAACUGAGGGAUUGGCCACUCUGACCAUCAACACAGGUGCAAAUCUGGACAAGCUCCCCAUCGAGGUGAAAACUGAGGAACCUCUUCAGCCAGAGGAGCAGGCUUCAGCCAAGAUGACAGCUUGGCCUUACUUGACUCAGGAUGGGUCAGGAAACUUCCUGCACAUUGAAGUAAAGACAUUGGGCACAGAGGUUGGCAGCAGCAUCCAGCUGAGCCUCAACACAAAGCAUCAGGACCCUAAAACUAAGGACCGGAUUACUCACUUCACCAUCCUGGUCCUGAGUAAGGGCCAGAUUGUGAGUGCCAAACAUCAGUCAAAAAGCCAGGGGAGUGUCUAUACGUCAGCCAUUAUUGAUGUGACUUCAGCGAUGCUGCCCUCCUUCCGCAUUCUGGCAUUUUAUUUACUUCCCAGAGGAGUGAGCCAGGAUCCUGAGUUGGUGGCCGAUUCCAUAUGGAUUGAUGUGAAUGACAGAUGCAUAGGGACGCUGAAAGUUGGCUUGAAGAAUGAUAGAUUCUUCCCGUCUUUGGAGCCCAACAGCCAAGUGGAACUGAAGGUGACAGGUGAUGCAGAAGCCACAGUGGGGCUGGUGGCUGUGGACAAGGCUGUCUAUGUUUUGAACAGCAAACACAAGCUCACUCAGAAGAAGACUGGCCCUGCCCCCAGGACCCUCCUCCCAGCCGCCAUCGCCGCUCCCUGAAGAGGCUGGAGACAAAGAGGAAUGCAGUGAACAAGUUUAAGACAGAGCUGGAGCAAAAGUGCUGUGAGGCUGGGCUCCGGGAAAGCCCAGUGGAGCUGUCCUGUGAGGAGAGGACCUGGCAUGUCCGCCAUGGUCCAACCUGUGUGGCUGCUUUCCUGGACUGCUGCCAUCUGUCUGAGACCCUGACUCGGGAGGCUCGAGAGGAUCAGCUGCGUCUGGGGACAACGGAUGAAGAGGAGGACUUCGACGACCUCUUCCUGGAUGACAUGCCGGCGCGGACCUGGUUCCCUGAGAGUUGGCUCUGGAGGAAGUUCACUCUGCCGAAGAGUGAAUCGGGCAUCUCCCAUUACCCCAUCUCUGUGAACGUGCCAGAUUCCAUCACCACAUGGCAGUUUGUGGCGGUCAGCCUCAAGGCUGGACAAGGUCUCUGUGUCUCGGACCCCUUUGAGCUGACAGUUAUGAAAUCGUUCUUUGUGGACCUUAAGUUGCCCUCCUCCGUGGUCAGGAAUGAGCAGGUCCAGAUCCAAGCUGUGUUGUACAAUUUCAGGGAUCGCCAGGCCAAGGU